AUGUCAGAGCCCUUCCACCCCGCGAAAUCACCGGCUCUCCCGGUCGUGGAAUCCUCCACAGACACCAAGUCCCCUCAAUCUCAGCAGACGAAAGUGCGCCGUUUAAGAGAGACAGUCGACAGCAACUAUGCCGACAUCAUCUGUAUCAUUCUAUGCUUCGUCACGGGGCUUUGCGACAGCUCCGCGUUCAAUGCGUGGUCAUGCUUCUUAGCUAUGCAAACCGGAAACACCGUCGUCCUCGGCCUCGGCGCCGCCUCCCUCCCCAAAGACGACAGCGACAGCUGGCUAAAAUCCAUCGUGUCAAUCGCCAGCUUCGUGACCGGCUCAUUCAUAUUCAGCUUCGUCGGCCGACACCUCGGUCCUGCCCGUCGCGGCACGCUCUUCGCCUCCUUCAUGGUGCAAGUGAUUCUCAUCGUGAUUGCCGUCUCCCUGAUCCAGUCUGGACUUAUCGCGGAAUCCGAGGACGUCGUCGCCUCUGGCCAUCACCAUGGCGGCAAGCUCCUCGAGCUGAUCCCCAUUGGCUUGCUGGCGUUCCAGUCCUCCGGUUCUAUCAAUAGUACGCGCUCGUUGGGAUUUAAUGAGAUCCCGAGUGUGGUUAUCACGAGCGUGUAUUUUGAUAUUGCGUCGGAUAAGAAUAUUCUGGCUGUGCAGAAUGUUAAGCGGAAUAGGAGAGUUGCGGGUGUGGUGGCCCUGUUGAUUGGGGCGAUUGUGGGCGGUUGGUUGAAUAGGAGUGCUGGCGGCAUGGCGUCGACUUUUUGGUUGGCGGCUGGGAUUAAGUUCCUUAUUGGGUUGGGGUGGUUGGUUUGGAUGCCUGUUAGGAACUAA